UAUUUCCACAUCAUGUCUGAAUUAUUCUUUGGCAUAUCUGGGUCUGGUGGUUUCUCUUCCUCCAUGUUUUGUUGAGUUGCAUUUGUUGGUUGGUUUUGUUCUUUGGUAGUUUCCUGGGUUUCAUCAUCAAUGUUGUUCCAAUUUUCUCUGUGUGUUUCUUGUAUAGUGCUUUUUUGGUUUUUAGUUAGGGCUUUCUUGUGACUACUGUGUGGAUCCUUUUGGUGCUCCUUUUGUUUGCUUACUGAAUGCUAAUUCUGGUUGUUGAUCUCUCUGGUAUUGAUUUUCUUUGGUGUUUGCUGAUUGUUUUGCUAUUGAUUUUUGCCUUUCAGUUUCUGGUUAUGUGUCGUCUCAUUUGUGGUGGUCUGGUGGUUGUUGCUGUGGUUGUGCUUGUUGUUCCUCAUGUUCCUUAUUCUGGGACCGCUUCAAUAUCGCUGUACAUAUCUUCAUCGCUGCCAUUCAGGGAGUCAUCUUCCAAUGGGUUCCCUUCCAUUUCCAUGUUGGGUCCUCGCACCAUGCUGGCAUAUAUGUCUUCAUUCCCUUACCUGGUUCAGAUGUUUCUUCUUGCAUCCAAUCUUCUACCCAGGGCACUAGUGCACUUGUCCCUGUGAAUCCUUGUUCACCUUGUCGCACCUUCUUUACACUGCGUUGGAGGAGGUCACGCUCUUGGUCUGUCGGUUGAUGGUCGGCCAGAGAAGACUCCGGCCUCCCUGAAACGGUC